AUGAAUGUAUUCAAUACUAAAGAUGUUUAUAUUAAUAUAGCUAAGAUUUUAGCUUCCCUUUCACAUCCUAAUGUUAUUAGAUUAUAUGAUUGGUGGAUUGAAAUGUUAAAUUUCUAACCUUAUUUAUUUAUGCAGAUUGAAUAUUGCAUAUAUCCUAGAUAUAUAUCCUAAGCUAAAAAUUUAUUAAGUUAUUCUUAUUUUUAUAUGAAUCCUAUGCCACAUAAAUAAAAAUAGAAACAUAUUCAAGAUAUUAUUUUAUAAAUAAUUUAAGCUUUGGAAUUUCUAAAAUUAAGAAAGAUUCAUCUAAUUGACUUAAAACCUGAAAAUAUCAUGGUGACUAUAACAGUCACUGGUGAUUUAUAAGUAAUCAUUAUUAUUUCAUUAUAGAUUGUACUUGCAGACUUUAAUCCUUAAAUAAAUAAUUAAUAAUAAUAAUGUUAUUUAGAUUAUACAUUUUAAUCUAUAGGCACAUUAAUUUUGAAUUUAAUCUUAACAUUUCCUGGAGAUGCUACUUUAAGAAAUAAUUAUAUAACUAAAUUUUUGAAUUGUAAAUUUGAAGAAUCAUUAACACUUUUAGAUUCUUGGGCAUAAAAAGUUAAAAAUAGAAAUCGUGAAUUUUCAUUUCAACUUUAUAAAAAUUUGCUUUUAUUGGUUAAAUCCAUCAUUACAGAAUCACAUUUUCAUGAUUUCCAUGAAUUGAAAAAGUCUAUUUAAAAAAUCUAUUGA